AUGGAGGAGGAAGUGGCCCCAUUCCCGGUAGAAGAAAAGCCUGUCCCCACAACCCAAAGUGACGCUGCUGUGCAAACCUCAUAUGUGGACAUACCAGCAGGGAAUAAAUGGCGUUCGUCACGGCUACAAGCUGAGGCCCAGGUGCAAAUGUCAAGAAUUGAGUUACUGAAGAAGCUUUCUUCCCCAUUGCUAACCCAGGCCCAGGUGCAAACGUCAAGAAUUGAGUUACUGAAGAAGCUUUCUUCCCCAUUGCUAACCGAGGCCCAGGUGCAAACCUCCAAACUUGCAAUAACAGAAACAGAGGAAGUGCCUCUUUCCCCCUCACUAACUGAGGCCCAGGUGCAAACCUCCAAACUUGCAGUAACGGAAGCAGAGGAGGUGCCUCUUUCCCCCUCACUAACCGAGGCCCAGGUGCAAACCUCCAAACUUGCAGUAACGGAAGCAGAGGAGGAGGAGGAGGCCCCAUUCCCAAUAGAAGAAAAGCCUCUCACCAAAACCAUAGCUGACGCUGCUGUGCAAACCUCAUAUGUGGACAUACCAGCAGGGAAUAAAUGGCGUUCGUCACGGCUACAAGCUGAGGCCCAAGUGCAAACCUCAAGUAUUGAGUUACUGAAAAAGCUUUCUUCCUUCUUAGUAAACAAGGCUCAGGUGCAAACGUCAAGUAUUGAGUUACUAAAGAAGCUUUCUUCCCCAUCAUUAACUGAGGCCCAGGUGCAAACCUCCAAACUUGCAAUAACAGAAACAGAGGAGGUGCCUCUUUCCCCCUCACUAACCGAGGCCCAGGUGCAAACCUCCAAACUUGCAGUAACGGAAGCAGAGAAGGAGGAGGCCCCAUUCCCAAUAGAAGAAAAGCCUCUCACCAAAACCAUAGCUGACGCUGCUGUGCAAACCUCAUAUGUGGACAUACCAGUAGGGAAUAAAUGGCGUUCAUCACGGCUACAAGCUGAGGCCCAAGUGCAAACCUCAAGUAUUGAGUUACUGAAAAAGCUUUCUUCCUUCUUAGUAAACAAGGCUCAGGUGCAAACAUCAAAUAUUGAGUUACUGAAGAAGCUUUCUUCCCCAUCAUUAACUGAGGCCCAGGUGCAAACCUCCAAACUUGCAAUAACAGAAACAGAGGAAGUGCCUCUUUCCCCCUCACUAACUGAGGCCCAGGUGCAAACCUCCAAACUUGCAGUAACGGAAGCAGAGGAGGAGGAGGAGGAGGAGGCCCCAUUCCCAAUAGAAGAAAAGCUUCUUACCAAAACCAUAGCUGACGCUGCUGUUCAAACCUCAUAUGUGGACAUACCAGUAGGGAAUAAAUGGCGUUCGACACGGCUACAAGCUGAGGUCCAGGUGCAAACGUCAAGUAUUGAGUUACUGAAGAAGAUUUCUUCCCCAUCAUUAACCGAGGCCCAGGUGCAAACCUCCAAACUUGCAGUAACAGAAGCAGAGGAGGUGCCUCUUUCCCCGUCAUUAACCGAGGCCCAGGUGCAAACCUCCAAACUUGCAGUAACAGAAGCAGAGGAGGUGCCUCUUUCCCCGUCAUUAACCGAGGCCCAGGUGCAAACCUCCAAACUUGCAGUAACAGAAGCAGAGGAGGUGCCUCUUUCCCCCUCACUGACUGAGGCCCAGGUGCAAACCUCCAAACUUGCAGUAACGGAAGCAGAGGAGGAGGAGGCCCCAUUCCCAAUAGAAGAAAAGCCUCUCACCAAAACCGUAGCUGAAGCUGCUGUGCAAACCUCAUUUAUAGACAUACCAGUAGGGAAUAAAUGGCGUUCGUCACGGCUACAAGCUGAGGUCCAGGUGCAAACGUCAAGUAUUGAGUUACUGAAGAAGAUUUCUUCCCCAUCAUUAACCGAGGCCCAGGUGCAAACCUCCAAACUUGCAGUAACAGAAGCAGAGGAGGUGCCUCUUUCCCCGUCAUUAACCGAGGCCCAGGUGCAAACCUCCAAACUUACAGUAACAGAAGCAGAGGAGGUGCCUCUUUCCCCCUCACAAAUCAAGGCCCAGGUGCAAACCUCCAAACUUGCAGAAACAGAAGCAAAGACUGCCUUUCCUUCCCCAUCACAAACUGAGGUUCAUAUCCAGUCUUCUUAUUUUGAAGUACCAGAGUUGGAGGAUGAGAUGCCUGCUACCCCAAUCAAAGAGAAGCCCCUCCCACUAACAUUGACAGAGGCCCAGGUGCAAACUUCGUACGUAGACAUACCAGCAGGGAAUAAGUGGCGUUCAUCACGACUACAAGUUGAGGCCCAGGUGCAAACCUCCAGGCUUGAAUUGCUAGAGGCAAAAGAAAAGGCUCCUUCCCUAUCCCAAACACAGGCUGAGAUGCAAACCACCAGGGUUGAAAUAACAGAAGAGAGACAAGCGCCUCCGACUCCCCCAGAUGUUAAAAUAUUAGAAGAAGAGACGCUGAAGGAGGAGGUAGAGCUGAAGCUUCCACGCCCUGAAUAUGCCGAGGCCCAGGUGCAGACCUCGCUUGUUGAAAUACCUGUGGGGAAGAAGUGGCGUUCGUCCCGUUUAUGUACCGAGGCCCAGGUACAAACUUCAUAUCAAGAACUCCCAGUUGUGAAGAGCAAGACUUUGCCCCCACAAGGUAUUGGGGUGGUAAAGAAGGUCACUGAGCGUGUAGCAUCAAAGAAGUAA